AUGAGCCUAACUGCACAUUUCGUUGAUGACGAAUGGAAGUUACAAAAGAGAAUUCUCAAUUUUUGCUUGAUUGAAAACCACAAGGGAGAAACAAUAGGGAGAGAAAUUAAGACAUGUUUGAGAGAGUGGGGAAUUGAAAAGGUCUUCACAAUCACAUUAGACAAUGCAUCUUCAAAUGAUGGGGCUAUCACUUACCUUCAAAGAAAAUUAGCUGCAAGGGGUGGAUUAGUGUACGGAGAAAAAUAUUUGCAAAUGAGGUGUUGUGCUCAUAUUCUCAACUUGAUAGUGAAUGAAGGAAUUAAAGAGCAACAUGCCUCAAUUGAAAGCAUUCGAAAUGCUAUUAGGUAUAUUAGAUCUUCUCCCCAAAGAAUUAAAAAAUUUAAAGAAUGCAUUGAGGCUGAGUUGAUAGAGUCUAAAAGUCUUGUUUGUUUAGAUGUUCCAACUAGAUGGAAUUCCACCUAUCUAAUGUUGGAACAUGCUGAAAAAUUUGAAAAAGCUUUUGAUAGACUUUAUGAUCAAGAAACUGAUUUUUUUAGAUGGUUUGGAGAGGAUAGUGGGGGUAAAAAGAAAGUUGGUCCACCCACGGCACUUGAUUGGCAACAUGUUAGGCUAUUCAUUGAUUUUUUGAGAAUCUUCUAUGAGACUACUUUGUGUUUCUCAUCUUCUUUACAUGUUACUUCAAACAAAUGCUUUCAUGAAAUUGCAUCUAUAAAUUCUCAACUAACAUCUUGGAGCCACAACAAUUCUGAAUUAUUGGGAACUAUGGCAUGCUCUAUGAAGGCUAAAUACGAUAAAUAUUGGGGACCAGUUGACAAGUUUAAUCUUUUGAUACUUGUUGCCAUUGUUUUAGAUCCUCGAUACAAACUUGAUUAUCUUUCUUGGUGUUUGGAGGAUGUAUAUGAUAAGGAAGUGGCUACUAGUAUGACUAGUUUUAUGAAAUUUACAUUGGAAACAUUGUACAAAUUUUAUUCAAAAGAAAUUAGUGAAUUUGUGGAAAAAACAAAAAAGGAAAAAGCUAAUGCAGAUAGCAAAUCUGAUGUUGAGAAAUAUUUGGCCGAAGAUCCUGUGGACGUCGAAGAUGAGAAUUUUGAUAUAUUGGCUUGGUGGAAGUUAAAUGGAUCAAAAUAUAGAAUUCUUUCUCCCGUAGCUCGUGAUGUCUUUGGUAUUCCAGUUUCAACUGUUGCAUCUGAAUCAUGCUUUAGUACCGGUGGGUGUAUGGUUGAUCUUUACCGUAGCUCUUUGUCACCAAAAAUGGCAGAAGCUUUAAUCUGCACUCAAAGUUGGUUGUAUCCUUCUAAGCAGAUAUUUGAAGAACUUGAGUUUGAUCAAUUUGACAGUAGUGACAAGAUUGUUAAUGGUAUAUUUACUUUAUGA